GAGAUCUCCACGUUGCGGAGCAGCGUUCCAGAAAAAUUAAAAUAUACCAGUUUCAGCCAGAGUAUUUAUUUCUUGUAUCAUUGCACUUACCAUUCCGCGGAGUCUCCUAGAGUCAGAAAUCCAUCUACCUGCUGGUAAAAUCGCCGCCAUGGCUUCGUUGAACUCGAGGGACAGCAUUGUCAUUGUUGGCGCGGGCAUCAUCGGCCUUGACGUCGCCUUGGUUCUUGCCGAGAAAGGGUACGGAAGGCGGAUAACCGUUGUUGCCGAGCACCUGCCGGGGGAUACGUCGGUCAAUUACACAUCGCCAUGGGCCGGUUGCAAUUUCUCCGCCAUAUCUGGGAGCGACGCCAACGCUCUGAGGUGGGAUCGAUUGGGUUACUCUCACUUGGCCAAACUUGCCUCGGAUAACCCAGAAGAGGCAUUUGUGGAAUGGACAGCAUCGACUGAGCUCUGGGAUGAGGCUGUUCCGCACGCCAAGAUCAAGGCUAUGUCUGACUAUCUCAAGAAUUUCCGUGUCCUACCUGCCGCGGAACUGCCAAAUGGUGUCAAGUUUGCCGUCUCCUUUACCACUCUGACCGUCAAUGCACCCAUGCACAUGGAUUACAUCUAUCGCAGGCUGAAGGAUCAGUACGGUGUUCGCUUCAUACGGCAGAAGAUCCCGAAUAUCAAGUCGGCAUUCUCCAGCCCAACCACGAGAGUCGUUUUCAACUGUAUUGGCAAUGCAGCAAAGAUCUUACCAGGUGUCGAGGAUGCCAAAUGCUACCCGACUCGAGGCCAGGUCAUUUUGGCGAGAGCUCCCCAGGUCAAACGCAACGUCAUGCGACAUGGAAAGGAUUAUGAGACAUAUGUGAUCCCUCGGCCGGGGUCCAACGGCAACGUCAUUCUAGGGGGGUACAUGCAGAAGAGAGUUGGUGAUGGAGCUACUUAUUCAUACGAAACCGAGUCCAUUCUUAAUCGCACCAAAAGUCUCAGUUCUGAGCUCUCUCAGAGUGAACCAGAGAUUUUGGCAGCCUUUGCGGGACUUCGGCCUUCGCGGGAAGGUGGUGCUAGAGUGGAAAGAGACGAGCUCCUCAUCGGGGGAGAGAAGCGAGCGAUUGUUCACAACUAUGGCGCGGGCGGUACUGGUUUCCAGGCUGGUUAUGGAAUGGCUCUAGAUGCUGUCAGGACUGUCGAGGACAUUCUUCGGGAGAUUCGAGAUGACACGGUACGAGCUCGGAUAUAGUGAGCAUGUAUUGAAGCCUGGUAUCAAGACAGCUAAACAACGCGUUGAAUUGUGCUUCCAGCAACUCUGCCACGGCAUUACAUGCUGCAGAAGAUGGAGCCAUCUGCCCUCAGCGUCGGG